AUGGCCGCGGACACUCAACCGUAAUCAUUCUCUCACACUUGUUAUUUUCUGAUGUCAUUAGCUCAUAUUUGAAAGUUCCUGACAGAAAUGGGGUUAUCACAGAGUUCAGAAGUAUCCGAAGGAGGAACCUAUGGAUACCAUGUGCAUGGCGUGCAGCCAAAUUCCCCUGCGGAAAUGGCCGGACUGCAGCCCUUCUUCGACUUCAUUCUGUCUCUGGACAACAAAAGACUUAAUGAGGAGAAUGACCUGCUGAAGGAGCUUCUGAAAGCCAACGUGGAGAGAGCAGUGAUGAUGGUGGUGUACAGCACUAAAACCACAAGCAUCCGUGAGGUGGAGGUGAUGCCCAGUAACAUGUGGGGGGGACAGGGCCUGCUGGGUGCCAGUGUUCGCUUCUGCAGCUACCAAGGAGCCAAUGAGAAUGUCUGGCACGUUCUGGAUGUGGAAGCCAGUUCACCUGCUGCAUUGGCAGAGCUUCAGGCACACAGUGACUACAUCGUGGGAGCAGAUCAAGUGUUGCAGGAUUCAGAAGACUUCUUCUCGCUGAUCGAGGCCCAUGAAGGGAAGCCCCUGAAGCUGCUGGUGUACAACACACAAACAGAUGCCUGCAGAGAGGUGGUGGUCACACCAAAUGGAGCGUGGGGCGGAGAGGGCAGUUUGGGUUGUGGCAUUGGUUACGGCUACUUGCACCGAAUCCCAAUAAAUUCUGAUGUGUCGCCGGAAGAGCCUCCCACCCCUGCUCCUGGGGAGGAGCCCUCUCCAGAACUGCCUACCCAUGGAUUCACAGAGGCACCUUUGAUGGCACCUUCAAGUCCAAGUGAAGAUGUGUUAGACCUGGAGCAGGUCACCCUCCAGGAGGCUCCUCUGCCUCCACCCGUCCAGAGGGUCAUGGACCCUGGUUUCUCAGACUCUGAAGUGGCAGUGGUUAACCCUAACCCUGCAGAUUUGGCAGACAGACUGGAUCUGUCCGUGUCGUCUAUCGACAUGACAAACAAUUUGCUGGCAAUGCACGAGGAGAAGGACGGUGAAAUCUCUGGUGUUGAGGAUCUGGAGGACAGUGUGCUGCUUUCAUCGUCAGCAGACAGCCAGACUGACGGACAAGAGCUGAGCUCCCAGGCCGCCAUGGACCUCUCCGCUGCUCUCGCUUCCACUGACACUUUGUCUGAUUCAGCUGAACCUUCUCACCUGGUCACAGAGUCCACACCUGGCUCUCUGUGUGAAGCUAGCGAUAGCCAAAGUCCCCCUAUGUGUGAGUCGUCUCUCCCUGUAGAGUCCCCAGAUCCUCCUGCUGAGCCCUCUGUCCCAGCUGAAGAGCCUCCCCCGUCUCCUGUCGACCACCUCCAGGACGAUUCUCCUGCAACAGAGCCAGCGGAGGAGCCUGCAGAGCCUCUGGACGUGGCUCCUGCUCACCACUGCAGCCAUGAGAGUCAUGAGAGUCAUGAGGAGGAUCCAGAGGAAGAGCCGCCUCUCGAGUAAGCUUGCGUCAAAUGCAAAGUGAUGUUGACAAUCACUGGGGCUUUUUAAAGAAACACUGUAUAGUUAAAAUACAGGACAGACAGAGAGAAACACUGUCUGAUUUUAUACCAUAGUCUUUCAAUCCUUCAUCAAGUUAGUUACAAUACAGAAACCAGCUAAAGCUUUAGCAUAUUAGUAGAAAAAAAAUACUAUAUCCUAUUUGUUUUAUAUGUGUGGGAAUUUAAAGUUACUGCUAAUUUGUACACCAAGAAGGUCAUAAUGCCAUCAACAUGUUUCCAUGCUUCGGUGCAAAAUCAGAUUAUACGGGUGACAAGACUUUGCUUCUAGUGAAUGAAUACUUGAACACUUCCAAAGGCAAACGCAAACAUUUACUACAGCAAAGCACAGCCGCACCUUAAUAUCCAAAACACUAUCCAACGUUUUAAAGCUACCAGACAAGUUGUGCUACAUCUGUUGUGUUUUAAAGAAGCAAAUGAUUCCCAAGUAAAAAAAAUAAUUAAAAAAAGGUAUAAGAUUAUAAGAGGGAAACUCUACAGUACUUUGGCCCAUGUAUUGGAUAUUUAAGUGUUUGUAUGACGGAAAUAUUUGUGCACAAAAGUCAAAAGUACAUUUACUCCAGAUUUGAUGAGGUCAGUAUGUUAAGUCUUCGCUGGAAUCAUGUAUCCACAUGUCAUUCUACUCUAUUCUUACUUUAUAAUUUUUGUGAUCUAUGCAACAGUGGACAAGUACUGAUAAUGUGUAAUUCCAGUAGAUGAACUUUCAUAUACACUAUGUAAGACGUCUGGUCACAGUGAUGCUGCUGUUGAUUAAUUAUUUUCUGUCUUUAUAGGGAGCUUCUUAAAAGAUUUACACUUUCAUAGUAGGUGCUAGUGUGUAAAAUAAGGAAAAGUAUUUUUGCAGAUAUUUUAUCAAUUAAUUGUAUGUUUUAUUAGGAAUGAGUGCAGAAUCUUUUGAUGAAUGUGAAAUGGGUGAAUCUUUGAUGGUUAAACAAUCAUAUCACUUUAAAAAAAAGAAAAGAAA